AUGUCGUCGGAAAUUGGGGAGACUGGCAAGGCCGGCAUUGUUGUCGCGUCCGAGGAUGCGGCUCCGGCCGAGAAACUUGCGCAUUCGCUGGUCGACGACCUGCUGUAUAACGUUGUCCAUGACCUCCUCCUAAAAGUCCACCGCGACGAGAAGAUUGCCCGCGCCAAUACGGCCGCCAUCAAGGUCGAGAAGCUGGCCAAGAGCACCAACGCCGACCCCAAGCCCGACGUCGAGAUCGAGACCGACGCCGCCAUCUACAAGGACGGCCGAGUUACCCUCAAGAGCAACCCUCUCAAGUCGACGAAAGAGAUCCUUUGUUCGAAAUGUCACCUCCCGCGCCUUCUCCACCCGACCGACGGCAAAGGUGCCAAGAAGCCUGACCCGGGUGUCAUCUACUGCAAGAAACACCCUUAUAUCGAUAAGCAAGGUUACGACAUCUACGGCCAGACUUGGGUCGCUCCCGGCCCCGGUCGCGGCAAGAAGAAGAAGGACCAGAAACUAGACCCGAAUGACCCGAGCUCGCCCGCUACUGGCCUCGAGGGCAGCGCGAAAGAUCGACCCGCCAAUGUGCUCAGCUACCCCAGCGCCACCUGUCCCAAGUGCAAACGCUGCAUCCUGGUGACGCGCCUCAACAACCACAUGGGCUCAUGCAUCGGUAACAGUGGCCGUAACGCGAGCCGUGCCGCCGCCCAAAAGAUCAGCAACGGCAGCAACGCCGGGAGUCAGAACAAUGACAACACCCCGCCCGGCAGCCAAAAGGGCACGCCACGCCCGAGCAGUCGCGCCCCGAGCCCGCGCAAACGUGACGGCGACGAGUUCGACGAAGACGCGGAGGACUCGGACACGACCAGCAACCACAACGCCGCGGUCAAGAAGAAGAAGUUCAAGCCCUCCAACAACAAACUCACCAAGGUCAUCCUCAAAGCCAAGAGUCCCGCGAUCGCCGGCAACACCAAGAAAGAGGCCAAAGCCAAGGGUAGUUCGUCCCUCAACGUCGAGCAGAAGGCCAGCAACGACUCCAAGACCAACGGUAACCACAACGCCAAAGACACCUCCACUGUCGAGGUCGCCCCCAAGAAGCAAGCCCCCAAGUCCGGCAACGCCGGCGGUGGUAACAACGCGUCGCCUGCGAAGAAGAUUAAACUGGGCUCGUCCAAGCCGCCCCUGUCAUCAUCUGCCGCGGGCGGGAAGAAAGGAGGGAUCAAGCGGGAUCGUGACGUGGAGAGUGAGUCGUCGGGGACCGUGCCAUCGCCCCCUCCUCGCUAA